CCGGGAGGCGGCGCUCCAGUGACUCGGCGCUGACGCUUCAGCAGCGGGAGAAGAACCGGCCGGAAGCGCCGGCGAAAGCGGAAGCGUAAACAUGGAGGCGGCCGUGUUCAUUUUAUCCCUCGUCGACUGCUGCGCUUUAAUAUUCCUUUCCGUUUAUUUCAUUAUUACUCUGUCUGAUCUGGAAUGUGACUACAUCAAUGCUCGGUCCUGCUGCUCCAAGUUAAACAAAUGGGUCAUUCCUGAGAUGAUCGCUCAGGCUCUGGCCACGGUCCUCAUGCUGGUCUCCAUGCACUGGUUUGUGUUCCUGCUCAACUUACCCGUGGCAUCGUGGAACGUUUACAGAUACGUGAAGGUUCCUAUGGGGAACAUGGGAGUGUACGAUCCCACGGAGAUUCACAACAGAGGUCAGCUCAAGUCCCACAUGAAGGAAGCCAUGAUCAAACUGGGCUUCCACCUUCUCUGCUUCUUCAUCUACCUGUACAGCAUGAUCCUGGCUCUCAUCAACGACUGAACUGCAGAGUCAUCGACACAAACUGCCAAAUCAUGAACUGGCCUUUACACAUUGUGAACGAACUUCACGCAUCCCAGCUCUGUUUGCUAACGGCCUGAAGCAGCGAGCCGUCUCCACGUCCCUUUGGUUUCUCUGAAUCAGGGCUGAAGCAUCAAGACAAUCGCACUGAACCACUCGCCGUCUGCUUGACAACAAGCUCGGUUUCCACAACUGGAUAAAAAAAAAAAAAAAUAAUAAUAAAAGGUGACUUUUUUUUUUCUUGCAAUUCUGAGUUUUUUGAGGUGUAUCAGGAUUUCAUGUCAGAAUUCCAAGAUUCUAAAUAGAAUGGAAUUUUCAGAAUUGUGCGAAAAACUGUUAAACGUUUUGUAAUUCUGACUUUUUUUUUUCUUUCUUUCCCUUGCUGAAGUUAAACGCUAAAAAGAGUCUGAAUUGCAGUAUUUUCAGAUUAUGCCAAAACGUAAGAAAUACUUGCGAUUGUGUGUUUUGCAAGAUAAACACUCUAGUUUGUCUAACCGUUAAAAAACAAAAAUGCUCAGAAUUGCAAGAUUACAAAACCUGAAUUCUAACACUACAAAACAAUGACCGUUUUUUUCCGUAUCACAAGCCUCCAUACCUUCACCCACCAAAACCAACUUUUUUUUUUUUGUGCAUAAAUGUCAAAGCCUGUUUUAGGACCAAGACUUUUGUUAAUUAUGAUUAUUUUUAUGACCAUUAAGCACAUUUUAACUAGCACUGUGUCAUUAAUUUGUAUUCUUUUUACACUCCAUGCUUGUACUGAUUAAACUUCUGUUUUCAAACAAAACUACUGUGAUGCACAUAUUACCAUUUAUAUGUUUUUUCUGAUUUAAAGUCUUUUUUUUUACAGCAAAUAUGUAUUUUUUGCAUUACAAUAAUAAUGACAAAUUGAAAUUAAAAUGUGCUUAAUUGUCAUCUUAAUGUCAACUCAAGAAGUCUUAAUGAUUUAAAAUAUAUGCAUAAUUUUUCUUUUAAUGAGCUGGAUUUUUUUUUUUUUCUCCUCCACUUGCAUGCUGUUGUAAACCGCCUGUUAUCAGAAAGGUCGUCGGUGUACGUGAACUUGUUUACAGAUGAAUGACUCAAAGGAGAACUAGCACUAAUGUGUUCUGGUCUGAAUCACAUCGGAGCCGUUCCACCGACUUCCUGCUAAUGACAUUUCAGUCGCUUGUUUUGAGCAGAUACCAUUGAUUUAGUGUCUCUUGCUUUUUAUGUUCAAGAACGUAUGAGACAACCUGAUAACUGACGAUGUUUCUGUGAAAUUUUGUUAAAUGUAGGAGUGAAUCUCGAAACCUGGACUGCCCAAAAUCACAAGAAAUGAAUCCUAUUUUGUUUAAAGAAAGUGAAGGGGACGUUUAGAACCAUUAAGAUCAUUUUAAAAUGUUGUUUUAAUGAAUAUUUUCGUUUCAGCGCAUCUGUAUGUUUUGUUCCUGGGUGUUUUUUUUUUUUUUCAGCGGCGCUUCUAAUUACAGUAAUAAAUAUUCAGUUGUAAAGAUGCAUUGAAUUUAAAUCACAAAAAUGUUAUGUAUUAUAGUAUUUGUUGUGCUGGCUCUUAAUUGUCAAGAAAAUACUACACAGAAAAAUCUAAAUGGUCCUUAAAAAUGCGUACGCGAAAUACUUUUUUCUGAUUUUGAAUUGUGGGUUCAUCAUCGUGGAGGUUAAUGAAUGCUGGGUGAGCGGGAUGUGGUUUUGUUCGAACAGGGUCACGUGAUCUUUGAGUUUUAUCAGUCAGUGUUCUGCGUUGAAUAGCGCUGUUCACGUCUCAUUUGAGAGGGUUUGUUUCGUAAGCAUGUGGGAUCUGUGUCGUCGGUUUUGUUUAGUUCUUUUCAACAUUUGCGUCUGUGGGGUUUAAUAAAUAAAAAAAGAUUAUCAUGGA